CCGACUGGUUGAAACCGGAAAUGACAGACCGCCAUCCAUCCAUCGCUCCGCCCCUUAGCAACCACCGUCACGUCGUAGCAACCAGUGUUUACGUUUCUCAGGAGAGUCAGAGAUGCCUCUGAUAGUCAGAGAUCACACAUGGACACAAAACCAGAACACAGUUUACAUCAGCGUGCCUUUAAAAGGAGUGAAAACCGCUAACGUCCAUGUCAUCUGCACGGACGAGUAUCUGAAGGUGAGUUUCCCCCCGUUUCUGUUCGAAGUUUUCUUAUUUGGGCCAAUAAAUGAGGAGAAAAGUGAAGCCAAGAUUGGAAACGGUGUUGCAGUUUUCACCCUGCAGAAGAAGAGAGAUGAAUCAUGGGAGCAGCUCUUCACAAAUAUCGAUAAAGACAAACAGAAGCAGAUUCGAGAACAAGCAAUUCUCAAAGUUCAGGAGAAAGAAGCAGAAAAAUCUAAAGCCAAAGCUGCCAGAGUUCAACAAGAGAAGAAAUAUGCGCUGCAAACCAUGAUGAAGCUUGAGAACGAGGAGCGGGACAGGAUUCAGAAGAUGAAGGAUGAAGAGUGUGCGAGAGCUACGGCAGAACUGGGUUUCUGGAGAGAAACGCAGAGAAAAGCAGCAGAAGAAAAUGAAAACCAGCACAACAAUCAAACGGUUUAUCAGAAAACAGAGCGUGCAAACGCUCCACCUGCAGUCACACUGAUGCAUAAUACUGGCAACACUACGUCUGGUCAGAGAAGCAAAAAACAGAAACCAAAAGAUCUGCCUGCUCCCAGAUCAGCUGGCUGCAUUCAGAUCAGCUUCACUCCACGAGUGUUUCCCACCGCGCUGAGAGAGUCUCGUGUCCCGGAGGAGGAAGAGUGGUUGAAGAAGCAGGCGGAGGCCAGGAGAGCAGUGGACACAGAUCUGGCAGAACUGGACGACCUGAGAGAGGAAGAGAGAAACCCAGACUGGCUGAAAGAGAAGGGCGAUAAAUUGUUCACGGCAGGAAACUACCAGGCUGCCGUCAACGCUUAUAAUCUCGCCAUAAAACUCAACAGGAAGAUUCCGGCUUUAUUUUCUAACCGAGCAGCCUGUCAUCUCAAACUGAGAAAUCUUCACAAAGCCAUUGAGGACAGCUCUCAGGCCCUUGAGUUACUGAAGCCUGCGGUCACUGCAAACGCUCCGGCUCGACUGAAGGCUCACGUGAGGCGCGGAACAGCAUUCUGUGAGCUUGAGCUUUAUGUAGAAGGUCUUCACGACUAUCAGGCGGCUCUAGAAAUCGACCCAAACAACGCAGCCCUGCGAGCUGAUGCAGACAAGAUUCGUGAGAUCAUACAAGGCACGACAUGACCAUCUAAGCUCCUAAAAAGCUAGGAUCACGAUUACACCUGUAAAUGAUGCAUUAAUAUACACGAGCACGCAUGAACAUGUUUGUUUUUAACAGUGGUUUCUAAUAUGAAACACACAAAAUGUUAUGAUCGUACUCUUUUUAACAGUAUUCAUCUUCUCAAUAAAACAACAUUCAUCUUUUCGAAUGGUACUGGAUGUACAUCAAUUGCCUUAUAUAAUUGCAGAUAAAAACAAAACGAGUCCUUGAUCUUGAGUUAAUGAUAGAACACAAUGAUUAACUAUAAAUGAUUACCUGAUAGAUAUAGUAAUAAGAAUAAUACAAGGAAAAGUCAUGUUAUAAAAACAAGCAUCCCAGCUAACAGGAAAUGUUUGGUUAACGUUCUGGCAAGGUUCUCUCAAAAGUUAUGAACAAAUGUUUUUUCAUUAACAUUAUCAUUAAUAUUGUAGUCUACAACGCUUUUGGGCUGCCAUCCUCGUUAUAUAUCAGUCCAGUAAUCCAGUUUAUAAAGUCCUUGUCACUGCCGUCUAGAUCCUCAGGUUCAGAAGACGCCCGAUGUAGCAUCUUCCAAUCACCCCACUCCAUUCUUCUUGCUCUUGAAAUCACCACCAAAAUUGCCUUUCUACAAACACCACGGAACUCCCCGGUUGGAGGAACAUGUGUGUCACGGUUGAAUCCAUAAUCAUUCCAUCUACGACGGCUUAAAUAGAAAGCAACAUGUCUCAGAGUCAAUGUUAUUGGUUCACUUUCAAGAAACAGCUUAUAUGCAU